UAAAAUGACAUGACAAUGAUGAAAUGUCCAGUACACACACGUGCACACACACACACACACACACACAGAGACCUCAGUGGCGGUCUAUUUUCCCACAAGCCAGACAGCUCACCAAAUGCACUUGCGGAAGACAGUACUGGGGUGUUUGGCCGCAUAGGCAGCUGGCUUUCUCCGUGGAGGGUGAGAGGGAGAGAGGCCCUGCCUGAAGAUGAACCCCAGCCAAAGGCUCCCAUUCCCCGGCACGGAGACCACCUAGAGGGGUCCGGUGAGAACCACGAGGACGGGUCAGAAGGGGAGGAGGAGGAGGACAGACAAAGAGGGAAGGAAGGCGAGAGAAGAGCAGAGAAUCUCAGGAAUGUGAAUGACUCGGGCAGCAGCAACAAUAGAAGGAACCUACAGGUUUACCUGGAGGAGACUAGCGUGACACAGAACGACAGGAGGCCUGUUGUCGAGACAACUAUCAAGAAGACCUUCCAGGUGGUUUCAAAGGCAACCAGAGCGACACAACAAAGGGAGGCGGAGUCGGACGACGAGAUGGGGCGCAAGAACUCUGGACGGAGGCGGUCCCGAAAGGGCAAUGCCACAAGCCCACGGGAGAAGUCACCGCCAACCAGAAAUCUGCCCGGUCAGCCGCUGUCCAGCCCUCAGAGGGUAUGGGUGGAGUCUCACCUGGGAGAGGAGCCAGGGGACACAGAUCACGCCCCAGAGCUAGACCAGGACCCUCACACAAACAUAUACAGACGCGCACACUCCUUGGACUCCUUGGACGCGCCAGUGCUGGCCAAACUAGUUUCUGUAGACAUGGACAUGGACAUGGACAUGGACGAGGAUGACGAUGGCCACGUGGAGAGGAAGACGGAGACGCCCGAGUCCAAGCGACGAAGCGUCAAGGUGUCCCGCAGCGAGAAAGUCUUCGCCAAGAAGGUUCUGGUGAACUCCGAGCCGGCGGUGGAAGAGCAGGAAGUCGAGCAAAGCGGACGGAAACGGACAGUUGAUUCUGGAGUAAGCCGGAGGCAGGUGGCAACGGUUACGCCUAACAAGGGAGCAGCAGCCAAGGCAGCAGCGGAAGACGGCAGGUCUGGGGAGAAGACUGCUGCGAUACGCACCAUCGUCAAUCGCAUCAAGCUCUUCGAGAACCAAACAGGAAGUGUGGGUGCCAUCAAGCCUACGCAUCCCCGCAGUGCUGAUGUCUCUCCGGCCCGGUCCAUCGCAGACCGAGUCAAGUUGCUGGACCAGAGUGCCCACACCUCGGGUCAGCGGGCAUCCUCGGCCGACCGUGCCAAUAGUGCACGCUCCAGCUCCGCCCUGCCUGCUCGCCCGAAGGUGCAGACGGUUCGUGAGCUGGCAAAAAACGUUACUUCUACAGCAGCGGCAGCAUCAGCAGCAGCCAAUGAAAGCAGGCCGGCCAAAGUGAAAAACACACAACCACAAAACAAACACAUAGGCCCAAGCAAGCAAGAGACGAAGCAGCAUCCAGGGACAUUCAAGAAAGCUCAGCGUCCUCCUGAAGCUGCUGCUGCUGCACAGUCUCAACCUACCAUCAAAGGAAAGUCUAGCUCUGCUAGCAGUGUUACGAAAACUCUGAGUGCAGUGAACACUCCCUCGGAGCCAAGCUGUAAACCAGUGGAACAGGAACAAACUCCUCUGGCUCAACCUGCUCAGGGCAAGGACCACAUAACCCUGCAAGCCCCGCCAGAAAAAACACCCACACAACUCACACACAGACUUACCAGAGAAGCAGAAGAUACACCACCGGACAGAAUCUCACGGGAUGACAAGCCAUCCAGAGACACCCGUAACAAAAAGUCUUCACAGACCAAAGACAUCACAGACAUUUCUCGGAGAGAAAAUACAGUACCAGAUAAAGACAACCAGACCAAAGAGACUUCACAAUCCAGUGCUCAAACACUAGAGAUCCUUGACACUAAAGAUAGUGUUUCGUUGAAAGGUGUUGUAAAAACUGUAACCAAACAGACUAUUGCAAGUAAUAAUGGCUCCCAGGCCAAAGAUGUUGUCAACCAACAGAUCAAAGACACUCUCACAUCCAACAAUGGUCUCGCAAAUGACCAUACUAUACAAGUUAUAUGCACAGAGACGGAAGGAUCGAAAACUAAUAACAGUCCUGAAACACAAACGUUUCUGGAAAUUAAAGACAGUCCACAGACUAGGGAUGCUAAAAUACUAACUAAAGACACUAUGAAUCUCAAAGAUAAUCUUCAAAAUGAUGUCAGUCACCUCUCAAGAGAUAACACAACAGCUGACAAGAGCUCAAAUACACCAGGGACUGAGGUUAGUCCAACAACCGAAAACAUCCACGCACCUGAAAACGGUCAUCUAAAUGAAAAGAUGGUACAAAAUGAAGAUGGCCAACAAGCAAAUGAUUCCACAGAAAUGAACAAUAGUUUAGAUGUCCUAGACAGUGUGGUAACUAAAGAUAUGGUAACAACUAAUGUGGGCCCUCAGAAGGAAAGCCUGCGCCAAAGUGCUCUUGAAGUUAGUCCUGAGAUUAAAGAUACAGACACUGGAGGAAGUCUGGAUGCUGCAAACAUUCCAAAAACACUCCAAAAAGACAACACACAGACCAAAGACACUAUUCAACCUAAAGAUGUAUCUCCUCAGAAGGAGGAAGUUGCUGAACAAAUCGAGCAUUUACAAACCAGUGGCAUGUCUGGGUCCAAGAAGAGGAGCAAUAAAGAGGCUACACAGCCACAGAGUCCAACCAAUGACACUAAACAGGAAAUAACCACAUACAAACAGGAAGUACAAGCAAAGAUGGGGCUCUCUCCUCCAAGUAAUCAUGCAGCUGUGAAAGAACUACCUGAAGUCAAGACAGGGUUAGCAAACCAGAACAUGACUGGAGAGAGUAAAAUGCAGAACACAGAGAAAGCUCAAAUCCCUUUUUCAGAGCCAGUAGGGCAGACUGUCAUUGAAACAGUGGUUGAAACAGCUAAGCUGGCAGACAGAGAGUACAGUGACGCUAAGUCUCGGGUAGCUGAAAAUAAAACAGUGAAGGAGGAAGAAAAAGUAGUGUCUUCAACUGCAUCUGCAGAGCAGGCUUUGUCCCCAGUGCAGAACAAGAGAGUGGAGGAGAAGAGUGAAGAGGUUAGGUUUGUUUCAGAACAGCUGACAGAAGCAAAGAAUGAAGACACCAAGGUUUUCCCGGAACAGCCUACAAAAGCAAACAGUGAGGAAACUGUAGUUGUUCUAGAACAAUCUGCAGGUGACAGUAAGAAGACAGAGGCAAACACCCAACCAGCGUCUGUAUCCCCCCCUGCAUUUGACUCAAAUUCAUCCAAAGUUUUGAAGCAGGCUAACCAAACACCAGACAUUCACACAAGCAGUUCCACAGACUCCACAAAAAAGCCAAACACUGGAUCACAACAACAGUUGGUUAAAGAGGUGCCUGAUCAAAUCAAAAUGAAUAGCGAGGACCCCAGUUCAGGCAUAACAGAACAGCGUCCAUCCAAAGACACCACCAACGCCAUGUCUGCAGGAGCAGACGCUACAAAACAAACUCGACAAAGCACAUCAUCAGACACCAAGGAUACACAGGAAGACACGGACACCCAAACCAAGAAGUGUGACACAAACUCACCAGCUCUUGGUGUAAGUAUGACUUCUGCCGCACACUCUCCAGGUCAGAGUGCAGGGUCACAUUCGGGCACAUGCAUGCCGGCACAAAACAGUGGAGGCAUCACAGUUGCCCAAGACCCAAAGUCCACCAGCCAGUCACAAGAUGAAAUACCCAAUGGUAAGUCUGAAGAGCAAGCAGUCCCCUUGGCUAACAUGGCCAACGGAAAACCAGCUAAAAGCCUGAAUGAAGUUACAGGGACCAAAAUCACAGCUGGAGUAAACUGUGAAACUCAAUCAAACUCUCCUUCACAGAAAACCAGUAAUACUUCUACUCUUUCUGGCACAGUCAAUGAAACGUCUCCCCUUUCUAGCCCCGCUAGUGAGAAGUUAUCAUCUCUUCCAAGUUCUUCCAGCUUCCAAGACAGCACUCGUAAGAAGAACAAUCUGAAAAGCCUCAAGCUGAGAGAUUUCCCAGCCGCCUCCCAAGAUGCCCCCUCCAGUUGGCUCGAUGUCGAUGUCCGUCCAUCACCAAAGCCAAGGCAGCCAAUCCGCUCGCUGAAGCUCAGUGCCUCCGUGAGCAACCUGCUGGGCCCCUCAGGUGAGUUUGACCCUCAGGACUUUAUGGAGAGGGUGAAGAAGCUGGCCAUCCCUUUCUCCGUGCCGCCCCGCAGCAAGCUCAAGAUGUCCAGAACCAUGGCGCCGUCCUUCACCAUGCCUGCCAUCAAGGAGGACCGCUUUGAGAAGACCUUUGACCCAGAUGAGUUCAAGUUUGGCCUGAGGAAGAGACGUGAGUUUUCCCUGGAGCUAACCAAACUCCGAGAGAAGGUAUGUGGCGAAAAGGAACCGGUCGAGGACAAGCUUAAGAGGCCCCAUCUUGACCGGGGUAGCAUCCUGGUGAAGUCUUUACUCCUGAGAGACACAGAAGCUGCCAAGGAGAAGAUUGAGGAAGAGGAAGGAGGGAAAGGAGGAGAGAAGGAGGAAGGUGGGGAAGACAAAAGGCCGAAGAUUAAGUCACGGCUGGAAGGGAGCUCCAUACUGUCCAGUUUGAGAAGCUCCAGCAGGGGCAGUCGUCUCGGCCUGCUCUCCCCCAGAGAGGACACCGGGAGUGGGCCGACUUCACCCAACGAGUCCCUCUCACCCAGAUCACCAACGACAAUGACAACGAGUCCUAAUGACCCCACCAAGUCCUUUCUGGACCAUAACCACACUGGCUCGACUGCCGCUCAGUUAAACCAGAACCUGACCGAGAUCAAAAAGCACCUUCCUAAUCAGUCUAACAUUGUGAAAAAGAUCCCAACGGAGAUCACAAAGGACCCGUACUCAUCUAAUCAAUCUAAAGUUCCUGAGGCUAAUAAGAAACGGGCCACAAUCUCAAAUGAUCUCUUCUCAUUGAAUCAGUCAACACAGAUCGCAAAGGAUCCUUACUCAUCCAAUCAGCCUAACCUGCCUGAGGUUAACAACAAACUGACCCAAUCCACGCAAAGCUAUGUAAAGGGUGACCAAUCCAAUUCCCAGUCUAACCAAAGCACCCCCCAGAUCAGCCAAUCAGAGCCAAGCUUUCCUUCAGCAACCACCACUGACUCUGGACCUCGGCUUCCUUCCUUUGAUGACAUCAAGUUGCCGGGUUACCUGGAGAAGCUGCUCCCACGGGAUCAUGGGAAGGUCGACCCCCUGCAGAAACCCAACUCAGAGGUUACUCCUACUCCCUCUCUUCCCCCUGAGAUUACACCCAUCAGACCUCCACAGGACCAAACUAUGAUCAUGGCAGGAAAUGGAUCCCACAAGCGCCCUGGAAAGAUGGUGUUAUAUGAACGGCCUCAGUUUGAAGGACAGUCAUAUGAGGUCUGUAGAGACGUACCUGAUGCCACCACACUCAAGUUCUCACCAGUCAUCUCAGCAAAGGUCAUCAGGGGAUGCUGGAUCCUCUAUGAGAAGCCUGGAUUUCAAGGCCGUUCUAUUGCUUUGGAGGAGGGACCUGUUGAGCUGCCUAAUGAAUGGACAGAGGAGGGACAUGUCCACUGUCCAGCUAUGGUGAUUGGUUCAAUUAAGCUGGCGGUCAGGGACUACACCCUUCCCCACAUAGACCUGUUCCCUGAGCUGGAGGGCUGUGGCUUACAUACUUCAUACCACUGCGAGACAGAGCACGUGUCUGCCUAUGGAAUCCCCCAAUGCACCGCCUCCAUCAAAGUGCACAGUGGGUUUCUUGGCGGUGUUGGAGAGGGGGAGUAUCCGGCCCCUCAGUCCUGGGGGUUCCCCUCAGCUACAGUGGGCUCCCUCAGACCCCUACGCAUGGGUGGGCUGAAGGUGGAGAACCCUACUGAGGCAAAGGCUUUACUAUAUGAGAGGCCGGGCCUGGAGGGGGCGUGUGUGGAGAUCCAGGGAGACGUGCUCAACGUCAGCGAAGGACACGUGGCGACACACACACCCCUGAACCCCCACAUACGCACACACACCAACACACUCAAGACAGUAGGAUCAAUGAAAAUUCUAAGUGGCCUAUGGGUGGGCUAUGAGCGUGUCGGCUUCGAGGGUCGGCAGUAUGUCUUGGAGGAGGGAGAGUACCUGGACUGGCAGGACUGGGGUGGAGCCAACGAGUGGCUGCUGUCCCUACGCCCAGCACUAGUGGACUUUGCCUGUCCACAUAUGAAGAUGUACAGUGAGAGGGACUUUGGGGAGAGGGGCGUGGACAUCGACCUGAUGGGGGCGGUGCCUAACACACAGGACACCGGAUACGGACUCAACACACAGUCUAUCCACGUCCUGUCAGGAGUGUGGGUGGUGUUUGAAGGGGCUGAUUACUCAGGCCAACAGUAUGUGGUAGAAAAAGGACAGUAUGCAGGACCAGAGGACUGGGGAGCACAGAACAGCACAGUAUCCUCCGCUCUACCCGUGUUGCUGGAUGACCUGAGUGGCUCAUCUAAAUUCAAGGUGGAGUUGUACCCUGAGCCGGGACUGUCCGGUUCCGUUUUGGUUCUAGAUGAUUCUGUGUCCACCCUUCCUCCAGACUUCAGACUGCAGUCCUGCAAAGUUGUAUCUGGAAGCUGGCUGGCAUGUGAGCGUGAGGAAUACUCGGGGAGUGUGUGUGUUCUGGAGGAGGGAGUGUAUCCUGACGUGAGGGCCAUGGGGUUUCUGCAGCCCAACAUUACUGUGCGAUCUCUGCAGACCACAGGCUUUGAUUUCUCUAUUCCCUCUAUCGUUCUGUGUGAGCGUGCUGAUCUGAGGGGGAGGAGGGUGGUUCUGACGGCCGCCUCCGUCAAUCUGCAGCUCACCGGAGGAUGCAGCAGAACUCAGUCCGUUCUGGUCCAGGGUGGGAUGUGGGUGCUGUAUGAGGGGGUGAACUUCCGAGGGGCACAGAUUCUGCUCAGGCCUGGGACCGUCUCUGAUUUGCCCAAACUCUCUGGCUGGCAGCGAAUCGGAUCGCUCCGUCCUCUCCUGCAGAAGCAGGCGAGCUUCCGCCUGCGGAACCAUGAGACGGGUCUCUUCCUGUCAAUCACGGGAGCCAUGGAGGACAUUAAGCUGAUGCGUAUCCAGGCAACGACAGAGACGGGCGGAGCUGAGCAGGUCUGGGCCUAUCAGGACGGCUAUUUACAGUGCAAGCUGUUAGAGGACUGCUGUAUGGAGCCUGUGGGCAAACUGGUGAGGGCAGGAGCUCGUCUGUAUGUGACUUCAGAGAGAGGAAAACCCGACCAGCUGUGGAACGUGACCCCAGACGGCCUGAUACGCAGCAACACCAGCCCUGACCUUGUGCUAGAGGUCAAAGGAGGACAGCAGUAUGACAAACACCAUGUUAUUCUCAACACGUUCAACCAGAGCAAACUGAAUCAGAGAUGGAGUUUGGAGAUUUUGUGAGAAGCACAGGGGAAAUAAAACUGCCUUUGUGUCUCGGUCUCUGGGGUGCAGCUGCGCAGAUGGACAUACUAGCAACUGCCCUAAGGAUCAUAGGGCUCAGUGCUGCAGCUGCACCACAGCGCUCACAGACCCAUAGCUGCACUGUGGGUGCCAUGAGCUCAGUCAAAGAGCUGCGCCGUGGGACCCACAGUCCCUGUCAUGCAGCUGCACCAUAAGGCCCACAGCUCAGAGAUGCAAUGUUGAAUAAGCUGACACCACAUUAGCAUUAAGCACUCACCAACCUUCCAUACAAAUACCUCAGAUUGAAACACAUUGUACACAUAAGGAAGAAGUGGACCAGAUCACUCAGGAAAAAGGACUGUUUUGCGGAGGAGGACGUUGGCGGGAUGGAGUUGAACAUCUCUUCAUGUAGAAGAUCUUGUACGGUCACCAGCUUGUGAUGGUUCUCUUGCAGAUGGACUGGCCUUCUUUAUCUAAGCAAUAACCAGUACAUAUUAACAAGCCUUUUUUCAUUUACUCUGAGAACUUGACUUAUGUGUUUUUCUCCUUACACCGUAGAUGGUUAGACUUUUCUGUUAAUGUGUGGGCGUGAGGCAUUUGUCCCUUCCGUGCAGAUGACGCACACACACCUACACACACCUACACACACCUACACACACCACACGGUUGAAGGCGUGGAGGAAAUGGUCUUUUCCCACCGUGCAUGAUGAAGGGCAAAAGGGAGAAACUCCACUUUAUGUCUCAACCUCUCUCCUGCCCUAACACACACACACACAACACACACUGUAUCAUAUGGUUUUAAAAGAUGAUGUUUACUUGGUUCUGUUUUAUGAAAUAAACGUUUUUUUGCUGCUAUCUCUACUUUGGAUUCAACCUGUACAGGCAGAUGAACACACACACACACACACACAC